AUGGUUUUGUGUGAUGUAACCAGGAUAAAUACAAGGAGUGGUUUUGCAAAGUGAACAGUAAUGGAGUAUAUGAGCACGGGUAGUGAUAGCAAAGAGGAGAUUGACUUGUUGCUAACUAAUUUAAAUAUGUCUGAGGUGAUAGACAUCAUGGAAAACCUUUAUCCAGGUGGAGACCUUGCAGUCUAUGAAGACAGCUUAAUUACAAUGUGUGAAGAGGCAAAUCAAAAUGAAGAACGUGCGGAAUCUUUACUGUUUUGUGAAAGGGAGGUUUCUUUGAUGUCCUCCGUCAAAUACGGGACUGUGGAAGACCUGCUUGCUUUUGCAAAUCAGGUGUCUAACACUGCAAAACAAUUUAAAGGAUGCAGACAGCAAGAAUCUGGAAUCCUCUUGAAUAUGAUCACACCCAAGAAUGGGCGCUAUCAAAUCGACUCGGAUGUGCUUCUGUUUCCGUGGAAGCUGACUUACAGGAACAUUGGCUCUGAUUUUAUUCCUCGGGGAGCUUUUGGGAAGGUGUACUUAGCCCAAGAUAGAGAAACCAAGAAACGAAUGGCAUGCAAGCUGGUCCCAGUGGAACAGUUCAAACCGUCGGAUGUUGAAAUACAGGCAUGUUUCCGUCACGAAAACAUUGCUGAAUUAUACGGUGCUAUUUUGUGGGACGAGACGAUCCAUCUCUUUAUGGAAGCCGGGGAGGGAGGAUCUGUCAUGGAAAAGCUGGAGAGUUGUGGUCCUAUGAGAGAAUUUGAAAUCAUUUGGGUGACAAAGCAUAUUCUGAAAGGACUUGACUUUCUCCACUCCAAGAGGAUUAUCCACCAUGAUAUCAAACCAAGCAACAUUGUCUUUAUGUCAACUAAGGCUGUUUUGGUGGAUUUUGGCCUAAGUGUGCAAAUGACUGAAGACAUUUACUAUCCCAAAGACCUCAGAGGAACAGAGAUUUACAUGAGCCCUGAAGUUAUCCUCUGCAGAGGCCACACAACAAAAGCAGACAUCUACAGCAUGGGAGCUACUAUUAUUCAUAUGCAAACUGGCAUCCCGCCCUGGGUGAACAGAUAUCCUCGUUCUGCAUAUCCAUCCUACCUCUAUAUUAUACACAAGCAAGCUCCCCCCUUAGAGGACAUCGCUGAAGACUGCAGCACUUCCAUGAGAGAGUUGCUAGAAGCAGCUCUAGAAAGGAAUCCUAAUCAUAGGCUGUCUGCAGCAGACUUACUGAAACACGAAGCCUUACACCCACCCCCAGAAGAGCAACCACGGUGUCAGAGCCUGGACUCGGCAUUGUUUGAGAGGAAAAGACUACUCGCAAGGAAGGAGCUGCAGUUGCCAGAAAACAUUACGGAUUCCUCAUUGUGUACUGGGAGCAUGGAAGAGUCGGACCUGCUAAAGAGGCAAAGAUCACUCUACAUAGAUCUUGGAGCUCUAGCUGGUUACUUCAAUAUUGUUAGGGGACCACCAGCCUUAGAAUACGACUGACUCAGUAAUGUUGUAUGUCGGCAGGUCAGAAAUGGACCUCUACCUCUUAAAACUUGAUUUUAAGACUUGAUUUUCAAAUUUGUACAUAAAAAUAUUGCCAUUGUAGGCUGUAAAAUGUGAAUAGUGUUUAAUUGCACAGAUGAUUAAGCUAAACCCUUAAGGGCUCUGAUAAGCUGAUCCCAAGCAACGAUAUUUGUGCGUCUGCUGGUUGACCAAGAAGAAGACGGCAAAAAGAACACUUCUGGGAAUGUCUUAAUCCAGGAUAUCUUCCUGUGCUGGGCCUUGCACUUUUAUAAAACUUGUAAUAUAUGCUUGCAAAUACUGCCA